UCGAUGACGUUUAUUUCACGCGCCGGACGUGAAAGACGAAUGGAACGCUGAUGUGUUACAAUAAUUUUACCCGUAGCGAUUUUGUCGGAAGCGGUAACAUAACCGUAGCGAAGGUGGGUUUGAAGACAAACUGUUAAAAAGGACACCGUGAAAACGACCGGAGGUAUCUUUCUGACAGCUAAUGGCGCCUAAAGGCAAAGUUGGUACGAAGGGAAAGAAGCAGAUUUUCGAGGAGAAUGAGGCAACCCUCAAAUUCUAUACAAGAGUUAUUCUGGGAGCUAAUGCAAUAUAUGCUGCUGUAAAUCUUUUGAUCUUCUACAAUUCAUCUAGUUUUUGGACAUGGCUGUUCUUAGUGUUUGCGCUUGCUGUGUAUGUUGGGAGUUACCGUUCCAUGUCCACAAUGGCCAAACCAGUGUUCGCUGACGAUGGAAGUCUCCUUGACGGAGGAAUAGACUUAAACAUGGAGCACGGGAUGGCAGAGCACCUGAAGGACAUCAUUCUGCUCACAGUGUUUGUCCAAGUGCUAAGCUGCAUCUCUUCAUAUUUUUGGUAUCUCUGGCUACUGGCGCCGGCUCGCGCGGCUCAACUGCUGUGGGUGAACAUCCUGGGCCCCUGGUUUUCGGCAGAGAGCCCAUCAGCGCCAGAGGAAGUGAACGAGAAGAAGCAGAGAAGACAAGAGCGCCGACAGAUGAAGAGAUUCUGAUGUUAAAGAGCAAACAAAGCAGUAUUUUAUUUUUUUUUAUACACAGGAUCUAUUAAAAUCCUAAAUUAUUGCAUAGAACAAAUAUUGUUUAAUUAAACCCAAAUGUGAUCAUA